CCGUGCGCAUGCGCAACCUCAUCUUCAUGCUGCUCGGCCUCGCUCAAAUAAAGCAAGAGCAACUCGGGCUGCCAGCUACACGCAAACCCAUCGGAGGCCUCAAGAAAGUCAAAAGAUCAGGCCCUGCAAUGACCUGCAGUUCCCCCCAGUCCACUAAAGAGCAGAAAGAACAGAACUACACUACCCACUGAGAAGGUGUCUGUCUCCCGCCCUGUCCAUCUGAGAGUUAACAGAGACUCCUAGAAUACCACCCCCUUCCCAUCGCAAGCAUGUCUGCUGUCAACCCCGCAACCCCGGCCCCUCUUCAGGGAAUCAACCCCCCACCCCCGGAGGUGACCAAUCCCACCAAACCAGGUCGUAAAACCAACCAACUACAAUACAUGCAGAAUGUAAUGGUCAAGACAUUGUGGAAGCACAACUUUGCCUGGCCUUUCUACGUGCCAGUUGAUGCCAUCAAAUUGGGUCUUAUGGAUUACCAUAAGGUCAUAAAACAACCUAUGGACAUGGGAACCAUCAAAAAGAGACUGGAGCAUAACUACUAUUGGAGUGCCAGUGAAUGCAUGCAGGACUUCAACACCAUGUUCACCAACUGUUACAUAUAUAACAAGCCUACAGAUGACAUUGUCCUGAUGGCACAGGCCUUGGAGAAGAUCUUCCUGCAGAAAGUUGCCAUGAUGCCCCAGGAGGAGGUGGAGCUUCUGCCUCCCGCACCCAAACCCAAGAAAAGCAAGAACAUAGUUGGUCUGGAUGGAGGCGAGUCACCAUCGUCCCUAUCUGGCUCUACGACACCUGUGAUUGGCUCUUCUCCAAUGACUGCCAUCACCCCGAACGUCCCAGUUGACCAGAGCUCGCCCAAUGCUCCAAUGUUACCCGUUGUCUCACCAUCACAACCUCUUGUCAAAAAGAAAGGGGUAAAGAGGAAAGCAGACACCACCACCCCCACGACAUCUGCAAUCACAGCUAGCCGGAGUGAGUCGCCCAUCCCCAUCUCAGAGGGCAAGCAGGGCAAGGUGAUGUCCAGACGGGAGAGUACAGGCCGUCCCAUCAAAGCUCCCAAGAAAGACCUGGUGGAAGGGGAGUUGGGCCAGCACAGCAGCAAGCGGAGCAGAAUGAGUGAGCAGCUCAAGUACUGCGACAGUAUCCUGAAGGAGAUGCUGUCGAAGAAACACGCAGCUUACGCCUGGCCCUUCUACAAGCCUGUAGAUGCUGAAGCUCUGGAGCUACAUGACUACCACGAGAUCAUCAAGCACCCCAUGGACCUCAGCACUGUCAAAAAAAAGAUAGACGCCCGGGAGUAUCCAGAUGCACAGAUGUUUGCAGCGGAUGUUCGAGUAAUGUUCUCAAAUUGUUACAAGUAUAACCCUCCAGAUCAUGAGGUUGUUGCCAUGGCCAGAAAACUCCAGGAUGUGUUUGAGAUGCGUUUUGCUAAGAUGCCUGAUGAGCCGGUGGAGCUGAGCCCCGGUGCAGGCGGGUUGGUCAGUAAAGGCGACAACUCGAGCAGCGGUGACUCCUCCAGCUCGGACAGCUCUGACUCAGAGGAGGAGCGGGCCACCCGGCUCGCCGAGCUGCAGGAACAGGUGGGUGCGGAACAGUGUAUCUCUGUGGAGCGCCCCAAUGGUAGCGGGCAGGGGGGAAAAAACGGGUGCACCAAGCAUUUUCAGCUAAAGGCCGUCCACGAACAGCUUGCCGCGCUCUCUCAGGGCCCUGUGAGCAAACCGAAGAAGAAGAAAGAAAAGAAAGAAAAGAAAGAAAAAGACAAGAAGAAGAAAGACAAGGACAACAAGCAUAGCAAAACCAAGACUGAUGAGAAGAAGGCCAAGCCUGGGCAGCCUGCCAAGCAGGGCCAGCAGAAGAAGCCCUCAAGGAAAGCCAACAGCACAGUGACUGGCUCCAGGCAACCAAAGAAGGGGGGCCGGGGCUACGAAUCUGACGAAGAGUCUCUGCCCAUGGCGUACGACGAGAAGCGCCAGCUCAGCCUGGACAUCAACAGGCUCCCAGGGGAGAAGCUUGGUCGGGUAGUGCACAUCAUCCAGUCCCGAGAGCCCUCGCUGCGAGACUCCAAUCCAGACGAGAUCGAGAUUGACUUUGAGACGCUCAAGCCCUCCACCCUACGUGAACUCGAGCGAUACGUCAAGUCCUGUUUACAGAAGAAACAGCGGAAACCCCAACCGGCCGCUGGGGGCAAGGGAGCGAGAUCCAAGGAGGAGCUGGCUCAGGAAAAGAAGAAAGAGUUAGAAAAGAGGCUACAGGAUGUCAGCGGCCAGCUGAACAGUAACAACAGCAACAAGAACAAAACCGACAAAAAGAAAACAUCCAAAAAAGAGAAGGGCGCUGGGUCCGGUACUGGUGCUUCUCAUCUCAGCGGCAGCAGUAGCUCUUCAGACUCGGGCAGCAGCAGCUCCAGUGGGUCCAGUUCUGACAGCAGCGACUCCGACUGAAAAGAGCCGCCCAAACACUCGCUGGGAACUAUUCCUUUUUAUUUUUACCCUGUGUAUAAAAUUAAAAUAAAAAAAUAAACAUUGUAUGCAGUUAUAGUGGUUUCCCCCUUCUAAAACAUUUAAUGAGGAAAAAACAACAAAAUGUUACGCCAUGUCAGAAAAAGAAGAAAAGAACAUGGGGACUUAUAGAUGACUUGACAGGGUUCUUUUUGUUUCCACUUACUUUUAAAGGGAUGUGUUCAAAAUCGACCAAACAUAAAACAAGCAUUUUGUAAUACACUCUUGGAUGAAUGCCAGAUGUCUUUUUUUUUUCCUAAUACAAUCAUCAACAUGCAUCUCAAUGUGAAGGAGUUGUUGCAUAGUUAUCAAGACAGCGCAGAACCCCAUGUCCACCUCCUAGCUUCAGCCCUGCUGCAUAAACAAUCUAUUCAAUUACUUUCACAAAAAAUUAUCAACGCUUCUCAUCCGGCUUCACAAGUAUUUUUCACCCUCUUGAAAUAGGCUCAUGUCUGUUUUGGGUUGUUUCUCCAAUCAUUUGACUUUCGACAAAUACUGAACCUUGUUUGCCUCUGAGGGGUACAUUUCAGAUUAUUCUGAACAAUCAUGUUGUGUGUCCUCAGCAGCAUAUACAGUCAAAUUGAAUGAUCUGAAGAUUUUUAUUUAAUAGUGGAACUUGAUUGCUGUUAUUCUUUGUAUGAUAACUGACAUGGUCUUUCUUUUUUUCGGCAGUAUGUAAAGUUUUAGCAAAAAUGUCUGCUCAAUGGUAACUGGUCUGAGAGGUUAUUGAUGAAGAUUUUAACUUAAAGAAUUUAGACUUUUAAUGCUUUUGGGCAGAAGAAAUUACCAUAAAAUAAUUCACUCAACAGUUUGUUUCAUUACUUAUAACAUGACAACCACUAGGCGUGAUGGCCUCCUGUACAUGUAUUUCCUGGCAUGCCUCUUGCUUAAUCUACCAUCUUCACUGAUGAAUGUAUGUAUGGUGCCAUGAAUGAUUGUGUACAUCACUGCUUUAUGUAAGAUGGGAUGGCCAAAAUUGUACAUAGCUGACCUCUGUGUACAUUUUUAGUACAAUGGCGUAGGAACAUGAAUAUUGCAGAGCACACCCGCCAUCUGUUGGUGCUUUAUUCCAAACGCCAGUGCCGUGUCCCCUGAUCUUUUUCUCUGUUGAUGUCACGUUUGGACAAUUAAAGCAGGACAAGUCUUCCUCUGAA